AUGAUAUCAUUAAGAUUAAAGAAUUUAAUAUCUAUUGCAAAACAACUACCUUUGCCAUCACACAGUAAAGCAAGUCUCGAGUUGGUCAGUGAAUUACAACAGUCUUUUGAUCAGCUGACGUUAGAGGAUUUGAAUAUAGAUGAUCAGACCGAUUUGACAUCAAACAAACUGUUGUAUUUGAAUCCUGCUUAUAAAACACCGUAUGGAUAUCCGAUCUCCUACUACCCAUUACUCGAAAACAAGAGUUUCACACUCUCUAUAUUUGCAAUGCCAAGAGGUUCAACCAUUCCACUACAUUCACAUCCACACAUGCAGAUACUCAGUAAGAUGUUAUAUGGUUCAAUUACAAUCGAUUCUUUUGAACAAUUACAAGAAAAUGAAAAAGAUAAUAAUAAUGAAACAAAAACAACAACAGUAGGUUCAAUCAAUUCAAAUAUAAAUACAACAACACCACAAUCACAAUCGAUAAGUGCAAUCUAUCGUGGAAGACAAGUAAUGACAAAAGAGAAUUGUAGGAGUUUUCUUUCGCCUGAUUCCGUCCUGCAUAGAUUCCGUUCACUCGAGAGCUCUAGUGCUAUUCUGGAGUUGCUAUUCCCGCCAUAUGAGUAUCCUCAGAGAAACUGUACAUAUUAUAGAGAGAUGGGUGCACCAACUUCCGAUGGCAAAGUACGUUUUCAACCGUUUGAACCAGACUUUUAUUGUGCCUCACACAAAGAUCAUCCAGUGUUGGAUAAACUAAACUUUGAACUCAAAAACUUGUACAGUGAUCAAUGA